GUCGGUGCCGGGGGGGUGGGGGGGUGGGCGGGGGCGUCCCGGCCGCGGCGCGACCAUGACUCUGGAGUCCAUGAUGGCCUGUUGCCUGAGCGACGAGGUGAAGGAGUCGAAGCGCAUCAACGCCGAGAUCGAGAAGCAGCUGCGGAGGGACAAGCGCGACGCGCGGCGCGAGCUGAAGCUGCUGCUGCUGGGCACUGGGGAGAGUGGGAAAAGCACGUUCAUUAAGCAAAUGCGUAUAAUUCAUGGCUCAGGCUACUCUGAAGAAGACAAAAAAGGCUUCACCAAGCUGGUGUACCAAAACAUCUUCACUGCCAUGCAGUCUAUGAUAAGAGCCAUGGAAACCCUGAAGAUUCUGUACAAAUAUGAACAGAACAAGGCCAAUGCAGUGCUGAUCCGAGAAGUGGAUGUAGAAAAGGUCAUGACAUUUGAGCAGCCAUAUGUAAGUGCAAUUAAAACAUUGUGGAAUGACCCUGGAAUACAAGAGUGUUAUGACAGGAGAAGAGAAUAUCAACUUUCUGACUCAGCUAAAUACUAUCUCAGCGAUGUGGAUCGUAUUGCUACCCCAGGAUAUCUACCAACUCAGCAAGAUGUGCUACGGGUUAGAGUCCCUACAACCGGGAUCAUAGAGUACCCCUUUGACCUAGAGAAUAUUAUCUUCAGAAUGGUGGAUGUUGGAGGUCAGAGAUCAGAACGAAGGAAGUGGAUCCAUUGCUUUGAAAAUGUGACUUCCAUCAUGUUUUUAGUAGCACUUAGUGAAUAUGACCAAGUUCUGGUGGAAUCUGAUAAUGAGAACCGGAUGGAAGAGAGUAAAGCUCUCUUUCGAACCAUUAUAACUUACCCAUGGUUCCAAAACUCUUCUGUCAUCCUCUUUCUCAACAAGAAAGAUUUGUUGGAAGACAAGAUCCUGUAUUCCCACCUUGUUGACUAUUUCCCAGAGUUUGAUGGCCCACAGAGGGAUGCACAGGCAGCCCGUGAGUUCAUCCUCAAGAUGUUUGUGGAUUUAAAUCCCGACAGUGAUAAAAUCAUCUAUUCCCAUUUCACAUGUGCCACAGACACAGAAAACAUCCGUUUCGUCUUUGCAGCUGUCAAGGACACCAUCCUACAGCUCAACCUGAAGGAGUACAACCUGGUUUGACCUGCUCUGCUCUUGCCCCUUGAGAGGCUUCUUUGUGAAGAAAAGACAAAAAAAUGAAAUUUUAAAUAUGACAGGAAAAAAAAAAAAGUUUUAAUUUUUGAUGAUGUAAUGAUUGCAAAUUGUCUGAUCUGUGGAGUGGCAAGUGCUCGGUGUUAUCCUGGAGUCUCAUGUCUCUGUCCACAGAGUAGUUGAUUUCAUAUUUUUAACAAAUUGCUUUUAUGUCACAGUUAACGGGGAUAUGCCUCAUUUCUUCAGCACCUUGCUUACUUCUUAAUUUUUGCCAAGCAGCUAAGGCAGCCUCAUCUUGAUCUUUCCUUUGUUGCUAAGCCACUUUUUUUUUUUUUCCCCCCCCUUUCAUCCCCAUGGUAUAUGUAGAGAAAAACAAAAAUCCCCAACACUUUCCAGCUGAGAUUGUGAAUUCACUGGACUGUGGGAGUGCAGAAUGCUACUGGUCCCUUUGCCUUGUGCUAUAGGGUGCCUCUGGUGUAAUUUGCUAAUCCUGCUUCCUUGCCCUCCUUCUUUCCCUUCCCCAGGACACGCUCCAUGGUUCACUGUGAUGAAAUGUUGGGGAGGAGCGAUUGCUCUCCAACUAUUGUGCAAAAAAAAAAAGAGAAAAAGGCAAAACAAACAAACAAAAAAAAAAGCCAUCACUUUUCCAUUCUUUAUAUGUUCUGAGUAAUUUUUUGUUAUCAAUUAUAAAAGGUAUGGAGACUGUGAUUUUUUUUUUAAAUUAUUGAUGUUCUAUACAUAGUUUGCUAUGUGUUGCUGUAUUUUGUUCAUGGACUACAAAUGAUGGAAGCUCUUGGAGCAAUAGCUGCUGAGCCUGGGGAAGUGCCUGACUGUAAUUGUUCUUUUUUUAUUUCAUUUUUAUUUCUUUUUUUAUUUCUUUUUUUAUUUUCUUUCCCCACACACACAAACACAUCCCACCCACACCACAAGCACGUGGCCAUGUGUGCACAAGGCUCAGUCUGCAGAGAGGAACUGUUUUGUUGGGUAGAGUUUUUGACAUCAAUGAGCAACUUCUCUAUGCAGCAGUUACCAAAAGCACACUGAGUGGUUGUGGCAUUCCAGCAUCAGACUUUGCCUGGAUUGAAAACCUUAGUCUUGUGCCAUCCUCUAGGUCUUUUCUUGCUGCCUAAUAGCAAUCAAGCCUUGUUUUAUUGCAUUUUGUGCCAGUGUGUGAAUGACUUGGUAAGAAUUCCUCAGCCUUGUCCAGCUUGCAGAGUUUCAGAGGACCAGAGCUGGAGGGUGGCAGGCUCUGCUGGGAUUCUUACUUGGAGGGAGCAGCACUUCUGUCCCUCCUCUUGAUGCAUUCCCCUCUGUGUCCCUCUUUGGAGGAGUAUGGGAUCCUCUUUGGAAGACUUGCACACAUCCUUGCUGCAGGGUGCCUGAGAUCAUGGUGGUGGCAGUGGUUAAUUGGUAGCAGUGGUUAAUUGGUAGCAGUGGUUGAUUGGUAGCAGUGGUUGAUUGUUGUGGCUGCUGCAGAAUGCAGAGAGCCCUGCCCUGGCUGCACUUGGUGCAGCAGGAGAGGAGGAGAGAGGCAGCAGCUCUAGCUGCAAGGCAGAGUGGAUGCAGUUGUGGGUUCUGAAUGCCACCUGAACCUCCACUGAGCAGGGUGAGACGAAGCCUUUGCACAUUGGGAGCUUUAUUUUGCAGGAGCUGAGGCAAGUCAAGGUGCUGCAGGGCUGCUGCCAGCCCGGGAGGAAGAAGUGCAUUGGCAAGGCAGGGAGAGGAGAGUGGGAAGCAGGAGGUGAGACCCACGUGUGGACGUGUGUCAGUCAGCCAUCACUGAUGCUUCUGGUUCAAUUCCAACACUUAGCAUUGGGUCCAAAUUCUCUGGAUCAACCAGAUUGCCCCCUUGAAGGCUGCCAGUAGAAAAAAGACUAAACGAGCUGCACUGUUGGAGGGGGCUGUUGAUAUUUUGUCUCUUUUGUAGACAGAGCACUACAUCAGUGUUUUGCACAACGUUGUAAGAGUAAAUCUAACUGUCUGAGAUGCUUAAGAUGCUUUGAUCUAGAACACUAAACUGUGGAGGGACGUAAUUUUGAAUAAUUCUGUUGCUAGGUCCCUCAUUUUCCAGAGUAGGCAAGUGAAGCCUCUGUGUGCUCAGAGCCAGCUCUGCUCCAGGUGAUUACAGAGCUCCAGUUGGAACAGUAGCCAUGGGACCAACAGUUGAAGAGCCAGUCUGAGUGGUGAUGCUGAGGGAAACAUAGCAUCUCUUUAGACUAGCCAUGCUCUGGACUGCAUUUAACCCUUGGGAGGAAUGAGGAGGGAUUCCCAUGUGUCAGACAGCUUUGCAUCAAUUUUACUGCUUUUUUUUUUUUUCAUCUUUAUGCCAAAAUGAUCCAGUUUGUAGAAAUUGUCUUAUAAAGAGGAAUUUAUAAUCAUCUUCAUGUAUUCUAAGUGCUGUUCCUCUGAAGCAGACAGCAGCACCAACCUCUUCUGCUUCUGUGAUCCUUUUGUAAAUGGUUCACACUACAGCUGUUGCCAGCAAUGAGCCUGGCACUGAGAUACACAGGUUCUUGGAAAAUAACUUCCCAGAAGUUUCUCUUUUCCAAGGUGAAUGAUGGUGGUACUUCCACUUGAAUCAGAAACUUUUUUCGUCUCGUUUUGUACCUUCCCCUUUCUUUAAGAGCUGCUGCCCUGGCACAGGAGGAGGGAUCUUGGCAUCUGUCUCUUGCAGAGUGACUCUGCAUCCUGGCAGGCAACUGUGGGAGGCUGUGGGCACAAGGAUUUAGGGAAUGUGCUGUACCUUGUGGGGCACCUGCUUGGGGUGGCUGUAGGCUGGGAAGUGGCUCGGGGCAGGGAGGGGAGGGCUGAGCAUUGCUCAGUGGCUCUUGAGUUCAGAAACCUCCUCUGGACUGGGGUAGGACCGGGUCAGACCUGUCCACGUCACCUGGAGUUGUCUGUGACUGUAUCAUGUGUGAGAAGAUAGCAGUGUUAGCACGUGCUUUCCUUAGUGAGCAGCUGCUCGUGUGCCUCCAGCUUGGCCAGUGAAGUGUUCCUGCAAAACUGGCUCCUGUCUCUGUUGGCUGGCAAAUGCCUGCCCUAGCAAAAGUGCCAAACCUUGAAACCAAAUUUGCCUGUAUCAACCUUUCUGAAAGUGAGGCCUGUCAGAAUUCUCUUUCAGAAGAGAGGUAAAAUUGGGUUGUUGUAGGGAAUCCAGAGUCUGAGGAGUUGGGUCUCCUUGCUAACCUCUGCUCCUUGUGCACUUUUAAUCAUUGUUCUGUUGAAAAAAAAAACCAACAUACUUGGAACUAGUUUGAAACUUGAAGUCAGUGAGCAGAGGACCAUCCCUUUUCCUUGCACCAUUCCAUGUGGAUUGGCUACCUGGUGAGCAAAAGCCCCUUCCAGCUGCAGCGUGUCAGCUCCUGCCCUUCCUGCCUCCCCCUUCUCCUCGAGUUGGAUUCUUUGGUCUCUUGUUGUUGCUUCCUAGCAAUGUUGGCCUUGCGUUCAACUAUGGUUUUUCUUCAUGUGUUUUAUUGGUUUAAAAAAAAAAAGACAAAAAAAUAAUUAAAAAAAACAACAAAAAAAAAGACAAAAAAAAAUACUUCCGGAGUGUGCUGACCAUUGUAUUGUCCUGUACAGAGCCCAGGUCGUUAGAGUCCAGCAGAGAUAAAGUGUGUUAUGCAGCACCCAGUUUUUUAAGAGUAUGGUUUGUGCCAAUGCCCCUUCUUUAGUAGUGCCAGAGACUCUUUACAAGUGCCAAUGUGGUGGAAAUUAUUUGGUUAUACUUGUAUAUUAUAGGAUCCUGAUUUAAGACAAUUUAAACAUUAUCCUAUUUAAAAAGAAUACUAUAUAAAAUGCUGUUUUUAAACCUUGUCAUUUGCAAUGCAUGUAUUGUUGUGCGUGUUGGGGGGCGGGGAGGGAAGAGGGUAGGGUAAAGGAGUUUCUGAAUAAGAUGCCCAGUGUCAGGAUCUAUUCAGACUCCAAACUGUCUCAUUCCAGUCCAGGAGUGUGAUUGUUUCUUGGAAUGAUCCCACUCUGACUGCUGGGCAACACGCUUAUUACAGAAAUAUCUGAUGGAAAUUGAUUUUCAUAUCUUUCUCCUGAAAUAAACUCUCUGUUUGAAAUUGGAAUAAAUUUUGUUCCUAAAAGCC